UUUAAAAAUUCAAGCCGUAAAUGUUCCUCUGUGUUACAAUCUAACCUCUUUAUUGAUGUACAUAUCGUUAUAUGUAGUGUUAUAAAAUACUUACAUUUCUAAAGUGUUAAAUUAUACAUUUAUAAUAAAAUAAAAAUGUCGGAAAGUCCGCGAUCUCGUACGUCACUCACUCAAUCUCCAGCUAGAUCAUAUUCUAGUCGAUCUAGUACAGGAUCACGUUCUAGAAGUGGUAGCCCAAGGUCUGCUCGUUCUGAUAGCGUUCAAUCACAGAAAUCAACUCGAUCUAGGUCUAGAUCAAAGUCUAGGUCUAGAUCGAAAUCAAGGUCCAGAUCAAAAUCAGUAUCUAGAUCAAAAUCGAGAUCUAGGUCUAGAUCACCAGCAGAAAGUGUAAAGUCUCAAUCUAGUGAAAAGUCACAUAGGUCACGUUCAACUUCAAAAUCACCAGAUAGGAAAUCAAAGUCAAAAUCGGCAUCACCAGUUUCUAAUGCUUCACAUUCUCCUAGAAGUAACCGAUCAGAAGGACGUACAUCUCGUAGCAGUCGCAAAUCAACUACUCCAGGGUCUCCAAAAAGUAAUAGAUCUCGUAGUGGAACUCCUGAUAGUCGAAGAUCUAGAAGCGGGUCUCCAAAAAGUGGUAGAUCAGUAUCAGGAUCUCCUGCAAAUACUAAAGAUGAUGACAGAUCUUCAAGUCACAAAGCUGAUGAACACAUGAAAUCGGAUGAUAGUGAUGCAGAAGAUGAAAAAAGAAAACGAGAAGGAAGUGGAUCAGAUUCUGAUGCACAACAAAAUACCAAAAAACUUAGGCAAAAUUUAAUUGAUUCUGAUUCUGAUGAUGAACCAGUAGCUAAAAAAGAUAAUGAAGAAAAACCAACAGCAGAUGCUUUGUUUGGGGAUGCUAGUGAUAUUAGUACAGAUGAUGAAAAAGAUAAACAAGAUGAAGAAGUUGCUAAACCACGUGAGCGAAGCCGGAGUCGAAGUAGUCGAAGUAGUAGAAGUAAAAGCCGAAGUAGAAGUAGAAGUAGAAGCAGAGGAAGAUCAGAAAGUGAAGGAAGGUCAGGUCAUGAUGAGGUUGCAGUUGGUGAUCAAGAAGAAGAAGAAAAAGAAAAAGAAGAUGAACCUGAACCACCACCAGAAACAAGAAUUGAUGUUGAAAUUCCUAAAAUUACAACUGAUUUAGGUAGAGAAAUUCAUUUUGUUAAACUACCCAACUUUUUGUCUGUUGAAACUAGACCAUUCGAUCAUGAAACUUAUGAAGAUGAAAUAGACGAAGAAGAAACACUUGAUGAAGAAGGUCGAGCACGUCUAAAACUUAAGGUAGAAAAUACAAUCAGAUGGAAAGAAACUUUUAAUGAAGAUGGAAAAAUUGUUAAAGAAAGUAAUGCAAGAUUUGUUAGAUGGUCUGAUGGAAGCAUGUCAUUACAUUUGGGUGCGGAAAUUUUUGAUGUUUAUAAACAACCACUUCAAGGAGAUCAUAAUCAUUUGUACAUUCGUCAAGGAACUGGUCUUCAAGGCCAAUCAGUAUUUAGAACUAAAUUAACAUUUAGACCUCAUUCAACUGAAUCAUUUACCCAUAGAAAAAUGACAAUGUCUUUAGCUGAUAGGUCGCAAAAGACUUCAGGUAUCAAAGUGUUGUCUCAAGUUGGUAUGAAUCCAGAUCAAAAUAGGUAUGAAAUGAUUAAAAAAGAAGAAGAAAAAUUGAGAAUGGCCAUGAGAGUUCAAAGUAAACCUAAAAAGGGUACUGGGAGUGGACGAGCACCAGGAAGACCAACUGGAUAUGGAGCUGAUGCUUAUCAUGAUGAUGGUUCUGAUGAUGAAGGAGCUAUUUCACUUGCUGCGAUCAAAAAUAAAUACAAAAAAAAUGCUGGAGCACCUUCGAAAGCAUCAAAUAUAUAUUCAUCUGAUGAGGAAGGAUCAGAUUUUGAAACCACUCGACCUAAGAAAAGUUUCAAAGGAAAGGUACUUAAAGAUUCAGAUGAAGAAUCUAAUGCUACGUCUAACAGUGGAUCUGAAAGUGAAGGAGGUGAUGGAGCUGCUGAAGAAGGAAGUGAUUAAUUACAAUUUACAAAAUAGUUUUAAUACAAUAAUGUAAUAUUAAUUUUAUUAUCAAUACAAGUUACAGUCAUUUUUUCAUCAAUGUAAAACUAUGACAUUCAUAUUAAUAAAAUAUGCGACACU